UUUCCAACAGUAAAGAGGUCUGAAAAGGAUAUCGAAAAGUUGAGUGAAUACGAACGCCAAAGACUUAAGAACAUUGCAGAGAUAGAACUUCAGUUAGCCGACCCAUUGGACAUCUUACAGCAGUCAGCUAAUCAGUUGAAAAACUCUAACAUUAGUGCCAAACAACGCGCUAAGAGCAACAAGAGCAAACUCAAUUCUGAAACCGAUGAAAAAACAUCUCAUCGUGUCAAUUUUGUCAGACGUUCAUCACGUAUUAUUCAAGAAAAAAGGCAAUCAACAAAUUAUAAUGAACAAAGUGAUGAUGAAAAUGACAAGAAUGACAAAAAAAAACUCAAAAAUGGAUCAUUAAAAAUCAAAUUUCGUUGGUUUAAAUCAAGUGAAUAUCAAAAAUCAGACGAAAUGUACUAUAACUCACUUGCUGAUAGCGAUUUUAUUCAUGAUGGUGAUGAAGAAUAUGAAUCUGACUAUGAGUCAUCUACACCUGGAUCAAAAAGAAAGCGUAAAGUAUAUACACCUCGUUUGGCUGUUUCUCAAGUAACACAAGAAAUGAUAGAAAAUAUUUCAUACUCUUCAUCAGGAAAAGUAUAUAGUCAAUCUGGUACAACUUGUCACCAAUGCAGACAAAAAACUGCAGACCAAAAAUCUUAUUGUCGGUACAAGGGAUGUAGUGGUGUGAGGGGAAAUUUUUGUGGAUUUUGUUUGGGAAGAAGAUAUGGCGAAAAUGUUGCAAACGUUUUAGUUAAUCCGAAAUGGGCCUGUCCACCUUGUCGUGGAUAUUGUAACUGUAGCAUUUGCAGACGCAGAAAAGGAAUGGCUCCAACUGGCCAAUUAGCACAACAAGCUGUGGCAGGAGGAUAUGAGUCCGUUCGACAUAUGUUAAGCAGUAUUGAGGGGGAGGGUCCAGAUGUGGCGGACUUUGAAUUUGAUGAUGAAGAUAAUAACCAGAAUGAAGCAGAAAAUAACCGGAAUGAAGCAGAUAAAAAUAAUGUUACUGAAGUUUGCUAUAGCAAUGAACAAAACAAUCUUGAAAAUCAAGAUGACAAUGACAGUGUGUCAGAUGAAGUUAAAUGCAUUGACAGUAGUGAGCAAUGCAACUCGGGCAAUCACGAAGAUGAACGUGAAACUGAGAUUAAAGAUACACAUGAAAUGAUUAUUGACAAACUUUAUAAGCAACUAUUAUCAGAAGAUUAAACAGCUAAGACAUUGAAACAUUAAAAACAGAGGAUAAUGAAACAAAAAUACGAAAUAAUAUUUAUCUUAUUUAAUUAAAAAGUAUUUAUUGCAACAGUAUUAUUAAUUUAAUUUUUGUUUAUUUUCAACACUAUUUAUUAUUCAUUAAUUUUUUUUUAGUUAUCUUGUGUAUUGCCAUAUUUAGACUUAAUUAAUGUUAAUUGUUAAGUCCAUAUCCUUCAUUUAUGAUUAAUUAUUAAUAGUACAACAAAGAAAACUGGGUGUUCAA